GGCUGUGGUGGGAUCAUUAGAGGUGGUACGUCAUCAACAGGGCGACUAGCAUUUCCAAAUAUUCGCCUUAUUUUGUGCCACCCGGAACGUUCUAAAGACGUUGAGGGGUACACUUCAGGGGUGCAUUCGGCAACGCACCAGCUGUCAUGGCGCCUCAGUGUUGUGUGCCCAAAUGUGCGUCCUCAAAGAGAAAAAAUCCUACCGUGGACAGACUUUCCACCGUUUCCCCAAAGAGCAGGCACUUCGCCGUGAAUGGAUAAAUCACGUCAAGAGGGAUCCUGGUCCAUAUUUCAAGAUCAACGCUGAGACCAAGGUUUGCUCUGAGCACUUUGAGAAGCAGUGUUUUGUAAAGACCGCCCGUGGUAUCACAGAGCUUAUAAAGGAUGCUGUGGUAACUUUGUUCGCCUGGACUUCAGAGAGGCCAAAGAGGAGAAUCAUCAUUCGCAGACCGAGUACGGAUUCCAUGGAGGUGGAUGAAAACCAGCCUGAUGUGAGAAGGGAUGCCUUGAGUGUUGUCUUGUUGUCCCUCCAGCACAGAUGUACCUCCUCCACAGCCAUACCAUGAUUAUGCUGUUCCACCGCUGACACCAGAGGGACAACUUGAGGCGGCACGCAAGCACAUCAUAGAGCAAGACAAGUUAAUAGCACAACUUAAAGGGACACUGUGUGAGAUUUUUAUUUGUUUAUUUCCAGAAUGCAUGCUGCCCAUUCACUAAUGUUAACUUUUUCAUGAAUACUUACCACCAGCAUCAAAUUCUAAGUAUUCAUUAUGACUAAAAUUGCACUUUUCAUACAUUAAAAGGGGGAUCUUCUCCAUGGUCCGUCAUUUUGAAUUUCCAAAAAUAGCCAUUUUUAGCUGCAAAAAUGACUGUACUUGGACCAUAUUUGAAAAUAUUUGUUUAUUACUUUCAUGUAAAGAUCAAAUUUGGCAAUAGGCAGCCCAGUUUCAAUGUGCAGCAUAGUUGCAGUACCUUUUUUUGACCAUUUCCUGCACAGUGUCCCUUUCAAGAUAAAGUGUUCAGUGUGUCAAGAUUCCAGUGAUGAUAGUCAGAUGUCAUUUUACACAGGAUUCCCAGACUAUGCCACCUUUUAAAGCUGUAUAUAUGGCUCUACAGCCCACAGCCACAAGCAUAGUUGGAUGGAGUCAGGCUCAAAGGCUUAAACAAACAGGGGUACAGGUCAUUAGACAGGCAUUUAAUAUCCCCAAACUAGCAACUAUGGACCAGUUAUUUCUCUCUCUUUCGCCUCAGACAGGGUUUUGCUGAGCAGGACCUUGCGGUGCGCUUUGGUGUGUCACAGUCAACUGUGAGCAGAAUCUGUGUCACCUGGACUAACUAUCUAUACAUUUUAGGAUCUCUCCCCAUUUGGCCUUCAAAAGCCACAGUAGAUGAAUGUAUGCCUACUUGUUUUCAAAACACUUACCCAGACACCAGAGUCAUUCUAGACUGUACAGAAAUAUAUGUGCAAAUGCCUAGUUCGAAGGUACUUAACUCCGAAAUCUAUUCCCAUUACAAGGGCAACCCAACUUUCAAAAGGCCUGAUUGGUAUUGCCCCGUCUGGUGAGGUGUCAUUCGUUAGUGACCUGUACACAGGCUCCAUAUCCGACAAGGAGAUUACAGAAUUGUCCGGCAUCCUGGCAAUGCUUGAAGAAGGCGAUUUAGUCAUGGCAGACAAAGGGUUUCUGAUUAAGGACUCCACCCUUUUUAGGCCCAAGUGGCACUUUCA